AUGAGUGUGGGGGCCCACGGCACAGACAGCAGCUCCUCUCCCCGCAGGGUCUGUUAUGUUUACAGCCCUGGGUACGUGGAGAAAUGCGACAGUUUGUCCAAAGUCCCGAACCGGGCGAGUAUGGUGCAUUCCCUGAUAGAAGCCUACGGCCUGCUUCCACACAUGAGAGUCCUGGAGCCCGCUGUAGCCACGACAGAAGAAAUGGCAAAGUUCCACAGCGACUCGUACCUGGAGCAUCUGCAGAAGAUCAGCGAGGAGGGAGACACGGACGACCCACUGUCUGCAGACUAUGGACUCGGUUACGACUGCCCCAUCGUGGAGGGCGUGUAUGACUAUGCCGCAGCUGUAGGUGGCGCCACCAUCACCGCCGCUCAAUCUCUGCUCCAACAACAGUGUGACGUGGCCAUUAACUGGGCUGGGGGCUGGCACCAUGCAAAGAAAGAUGAAGCGUCUGGAUUCUGUUACGUGAACGACGCCGUUUUGGGAAUCCUCAAAUUGAGAGAGAAACACGAGAGGGUGCUGUACGUGGAUGUGGACCUGCAUCACGGAGACGGUUAA